AUGGCCGCCCUCAAGCAGCGAGGUAUCAACGUCGAUGCCGCUCUCUCCAAACGAGCAACGCAGCCCUCGCGACCAAAUCCAAAUGCCUACUUGAACAGCAAGACCCGCCCCUACAUGGUCAACGGCUCCUCCCUCCCCGACAUCAACUUCGACAUCGGCGAGAGCUACAGCGGCCUGCUGCCCAUCGACAAUACCAAGGAGCUCUUCUUCUGGUUCGUGCCUUCCACCAACCCCGCAGCCAAGAACGAGAUCACCAUCUGGCUCAACGGUAGGAUGAACGCAACAAACACAUCGCUGAAACACUGCUAAUCACCUGCAGGUGGCCCGGGUUGUUCUUCCUUGGAUGGCUUCUUACAUGAGAACGGCCCGGUCAUCUGGCAGGCUGGCACCUAUCUUCCAGUGCCAAAUACAUGGGCCUGGAACAACUUGACCAACAUGGUCUUCAUCGACCAGCCCGUCGGCACCGGCUAUUCUCAAGGCACCCCAAACGCAACCAGCGAGAUCGACGUCGCCGAUCAAUUCUUGCCCUUCUGGAGGAACUUCAUGGACUUGUUCGAUCUCCAUGGACGCGAAGUCUAUGUCACUGGCGAGUCGUACGCCGGCCAGUACUGUCCAUACAUCACAGCAGCCAGUGAGUCGUCAACCUCCCCAGUCUACGGUCUAUAUAUCUAACCUUCUGUAGUGCUGGACAAGAACGACACAAAGUAUUUCAACGUCAAUGGCAUGAUGAUCUAUGACCCAAGCAUCCAAUACAAUCUCGCAUCACAAGUUGCCACCAUUCCUUUCAUUGAUUCCCACAGGCCCGAUUUCCCAUUCAAUGACACUUUCGACGCCUACAUGCACGACAAGAGUAAAUCCUGCGGCUACGACACCUACAUCAGCAACGCGCUCCAAUUCCCGCCAAACGGCCAUUUCAGCAACGAUAUUCCAGGCUACAACAGAUCUAUUGGAGACGCUCCUACACUCGAUUGCGAUGUCUUUGACGAAGUCUUUACCGAAAUCUUCAACAUCAACCCCUGCUUCGAUAUCUAUCAGGUCGGCCAGCUGUGUCCGCACCUAUGGGAUGUCCUCGGAUUCCCUGACAGCACCUUCUACUUCCCUGUUGGCUUUACGCAACCCUACUUCAACCGCACCGAUGUCAAGAAGGUAUGACCCAUGUGGCGAGAAAGCCUGCAUUUCCAGACUCAGCUGACAUGGAGUGCUUAGCUGCUCCACGUCCCGCAAAGCUCCAACUGGACGAUCUGCACGGACACGAAUGUCUUUCUGAAUGGCACCGACAAGUCGCCUCCAUCUGGAAUCAACGGUGGGCCUCUGCAGAAGGUCAUUGAGAGAACGAACAACGUGGUCGUAGGCCACGGUGCUCUGGACAUGGUUCUCAUCGCCAACGGUACCCUCCUCACGCUGAACAACCUGACCUGGAACGGAAAACAAGGAUUCAGCAAGCCUCCUACCGAUCCCUUCUACGUUCCCUAUCACAAUGAUCCAGUCGCGGGCAGCGUUGCUGGCGCGGGUGUCUUCGGAGGCUACGUCAGCGAGCGAGGUCUCACAUUCGUGGCCGUUGUGCUGAGUGGACAUGAGAUACCAGAGUACCAACCCUCCGCUGCUUACAGACACCUGGAAUUCCUCCUCGGACGCGUGAAAAGUCUGGACGAAGUCAGUCCGUUCACGACAAUGCCGGGCGUGAUGCAGUCAAAUCAUACACUUGGAAAGGGCACAUGGUGGCCUACUGAGCAUUAA